AUGGCAGCAGGAUGGCUGGAUGAGUACACUGGCGCCUAUCUUGUGAAUGAAAAUCCCAAAAUUCCAGUGCUAUAUACACUACCAAAGGUGCAUAAGGAUCUGAGUGGAGGGAUAUUAGUCUCGGCUCAUGGAGGGAUAUUAGAACCCUUGGCUAAGUAUGUGGACCACUAUUGCAAAUCCAGCAUUGAGGAUAUACCCACCUGUUUGAAGGAUAUGCAAGAUUUCCUUUCCAAAAUUCACGGAUUGUUUCUACCUAACUUCCCUGUGAACUUUACUACAAUUGAUGUAAAGAACUUGUUCACUAUUAUACCCCAUAACGUGGGAACUGAGGCCAUAUGGAUAUGGCUGAGUGAGUGCAAGAAGCAACAUGGUCCACCCAUUGAAUUUUUGGUGGAAUGUCUAGAAUUUCUUUUGAACCAUAAUUAUUUUAGAUUAGAAUUUUUCUUUUUACAUACAACUCAGGGGGACAGCGAUGGGAUCAGCCAUGGCGCCAGCCUAUGCUAA